AUGCUUACCCCUAAUGAAGCCGCAAAACAGCCCAAAAGCAAUAACUGGAGAAAUGGUAACCGGAGAGGAGCGCACCGACAAGUCACAUUAGAGAAACGCAGGCUAAAACAGAAGCUUCUGCGCAUAAGUGAGUACGAAGAGCAUCUGCAACCGGAGGAGAACAGAGAACACACGAGACGCGGAAUGUAUCCACGCUGGAAGAGAUUGGCGCUAGCUUUCUCUCUCUUAGUAAUCUUUGGGUCUGGUGUUAGAGCAUGGACUGGUGAAAUCCAUGGUAGAGUGGUUUGUGAUGUAUGCGGGGAUUCUUCCAUUGGACCAGAAGACCAUGUCUUGGAAGGAGCUGAGGUAGCUGUUCUCUGCAUAACAAAAUCAGGGGAAGUCCUAAACUACCAGGCCUUCACAAACGCCAGGGGGAUAUACACAGUGGCAGAGACGAUGCCGGAGAGCGACCGGUGGGAUGCAUGCCUGGCCAGACCCAUCAGCAGCUUCCAUGAGCAAUGCGCCUUGCUGGGGGAUGGGAGCUCUGGUAUCAAGUUCAGCUACAACCACCCUUCGGGUCAUUCUCACUCUGUAAGGCCUUUCAUUUAUCGACCCAUCGCUGUCCCAAUGUACUGCAUUUGAAUGUUGCAAUCUCAAGUGUAUGUAUUGUAUACUUUGUUAAAAUCCUGCUCGUUUCUCCAAUUGAAAAAUUUUAGUAGACGGCCGCGAUCAUCACAUCCGUGUGCGAGUCCAGUACACAUUGGUUUUUUUGGAUUUAUGAGGCGUUCCAACCUCUGAAUGUUGCUAUUGUGGUCAGCAUGUACAUUGAACCAGCUGUGAAAAUUGUAUUGUCAUUUUUGUUAUCGGCAUCAUCAUCAGCAGUAGAAUUUUAUGCUAAAA